UUGUGACGUCACGCAUUCCUGAUUUGCGCGGGUUUAAAUGGCCGCUUGAAGAUGUGACACAGUUGUGACUUUAAAGAGAGAAGCAAUGCCUCCAAAGAAGAAAUUGAGAAAACUAACAACGAAUUCAGACGAGGACGCUAAAGAGGUUGGUUCUUCUCCAAAGCCGAGCCUCAAGAGAAAAGCUUCGUCUUCUGCCGAGACUUCGGAGGGGCCGAGCGCCGACCAGUAUUGUCGCUGGCUCAUGAAGUCUGAGCCAGAAAGCCGCUUUGAGAAAGGCAUUGACGUCAAGUUUGGAAUUGAGGAUCUGAAGGCCUUACCCGAUCAGACCAGCUGCUGGGACGGUGUCCGCAACUAUCAGGCACGUAAUUUCAUGCGGCAAAUGAAAGAGGACCAGUUGGUUUUCUUCUACCACAGCAACUGUAAGGAACCUGGCAUUGCAGGAAUCAUGAAAAUAGUGAAGGAAGCAUACGUUGACCACACUCAAUUUGAUAAGAAAGAUGUUCAUUAUGAUGCUAGCAGCAAGCCAGACAACCCAAAGUGGAGCAUGGUGGACGUCCAGUACCAAAGAAUGUUGAAGCGUUUUCUUCCUUUAGCCGAGCUCAAAGAGUACCACCAGCGACAUAAGACCAAAGGUGGCCCUCUGAAGGACGUCAUGCUCUUCACCAGGGCCAGGCUGUCCGUGCAGCCUCUCACCUCUGAGCAAUUUGACUUUGUUUUGAGCUUGGAGGACCAAGAACCGCUGUAAGUCUUUGAUGGGCUGAAAUAACUCAUUGUAAAAUGUUUGGGGUGACAGAUAAAACUUCAAUGGAAAAAUA